CAUCGCCAGGUAGCUCGUAGUGUCUUCAUGUGUGCUUUGAGUGGCUCUAUAUGUUUUUUUGCCCUCUCAUUCUAGGUAAGAACUAAGAUACAACGGGCAGCGAAGAAAUACCUCUAUGAUGCUAUGCGUCAUCAUCACACAACUCUCCGCUAUAAUAUGUCAGCGAUCCUGUUGUGCUCUAGGUCGCUUGCCGCUGUCCUAAGGGAGUACCACUGCACAAGCUCAUCUUCGUGGAUGAGACUCCGCGAGAAUGCAGUGCCCGAUUCUUGGAAUCUUGUCGGAGAUGUACUGUUGCACAUGUCUACAAAGCAUGAGCUCCGUGUCGUGGAAGGUGUUUGUGCUUGUGCAUCGAUACACAAAUGGUGCCGCAAACGGAAGUAACGCAGGCCACAGAAACGUGACUGACUUUGUGAGGGUUAAAAGCCGACACUCUUCUCUCCUACACUUCUCUCAUCUUCUUUACUUUCCACUCAAUCUUGACAUCUUGUCCACUUCAUA